CUUACUUAUUACAGAGUUGUUGUCUAAAAACUUUCAGUUGAGACUAGAUUUCAAACUCAACAAUACACUCGACUUAAAAUUAUUUUAUUACUUAAACAUUAUGGUGAUAUUCCUCAGUGCAGUGGCAAUCUUUUGUACAUUAUUUCAACUAGGGUACUCGCAGGAGAGUCAUAUUUAUCCAGCAACUAGUAGCAAUGGCCAACAUGGAAUAUAUCCCUAUUGGCCGUUUCAAGCACAAACAGCGGACAGAAAUUAUAACCCCAACCACAGAAGAGUUAGAAAACCCUGUUCCAGACGCAUGAAUUCGAACGAUCCUACUUCAGAAGAUACAGAGUCUCAAUGGAUUCCAACCUAUACUUCUAGAAUUGUAAAGCCUUUGGAAGAAAAUAAUUUGAUAUUUAAUUCUAGAUCUCUGAAAGAUAAAGAUUUUAACUCAAAACCGAUGGUUGUAUCUAAUAAAGUCGUUGAACUAAACGCUGUUACGGAACCACCUUUGUCCAAAAAUGUAAAUGAACCAGUGAAAAAUAAUAAUCCUUGUGAAAAAACUACAACGACUGCAAAAGAUGCUGAUUCUAGAUCCGACUUGGAUUAUAAACAAGUAGAGCCAAAUUAUUAUGCAGAAGCAGAAGACAAAACUGGACGAAACCAAUAUGAAUAUGACUCUGCAAUCGAUGUAAGUACUGAAAUUAAUCUCGACGAUUGUAAUAAUAAAAUAGUUCCAGAUGGGAACUCCAGACGUUUUCUCACUCAACCUGACCAAGUGUUAUCCAGACCUAAUCUUCCUGUUUUAAAUUCGAAUAGAACAGAAUCUGUACAGGAACCAAAACUGAAUCAAAAAAAUGUGCCACCAUACUCACAAGACAUUGAAGAACCAGUUGAAAGUAGGGUUGGCUUUACGAACCCACGGCCUAUUAGUAUCGAAGGUAACGUAAUAGAUCCUACAAAGGGAAGAGGGAUAUCCCCGAUGACUAAUGAUAAAGUAAUGCUUAUGCAAAACACAAAAAUAUGUUACGCUUGUAGUUCAGUGAGUGACCCUACUUGUUGGCAUCCCGAUAGAAGGACUACAGUAAAAUAUUGCCGAAUUGGACACGACUCGUGUGUUACUAAAACAAUACGGAAUACAAAUGGAUUGAUAGUGAUUCGGGACUGCGCUCGUUCCUGCGAUGACAAUGACGUCACUGGGCUUAUAUCGCGGUAUAAAUCCUGUUCCAUUUGUCAUUACGAUCUCUGCAAUAGCGCUUACUCCAUCAAAAUUCACAAUGUAAUGCUGCUUUCCUCAUUACUCGCUUUUAUUAAAUAUUUAUUGUAGAUUUUAUCAGUUUCAUGUCAAUGAAAUAAUA